UGUACAGUAGGUGGCGGUAUGUGCUUACGACACCAAUCUGCUAUUAGACCCGAAGAAGAGGAAGACAAGCCUUCUGCACAAGUCACAAUUAGAAACGCAGAACUUUUAAAUCGUGAGAUUAACCAGUCAUUAUCAAGCCUCUUCAAACUCUGUUAUCAUGAAGCAGAAGAAAACGGCUCGCAACCAGGCCAGAAAAGACUCUCCAGGUGGAAAUGCAGCCAUUAAGAGUGAAAAAAAGACAGAGAAAAACUCUUUCUUUAGCUGGCUGUUGGUGCUGGCUUUGCUGGGGGCUUGGCUGUCUGUGGGUGUCAUGUGGUUUGACCUAGUUGACUACAACAGUGUGGUUGGUGCUCUUGGAGGAGUAUAUGAUGCUGAUGGCGAUGGAGACUUCGAUGUAGAAGAUGCCAAAGUUUUGUUGGAAAAUGCUACUGUGGCUGCUAAGGAAAAAACCUUAAGAAAAAAUGUCACAACAGAAGGAGACCGUAUCCAAGCAGGCCAUUCCAAGCUUACAUAUGAGAGACCUAAAGAAGUGGGGCUUAAAAAAGACAGAGAACAUCCUACCAGGGAUAUUGGGCAAAAGCUGAAAGCAGCUCUGAAGGAGCAGCUACGAAUUAUUCAUGAGAAGAUUGAAGCCAAAAAGAUUGCCAAACUAGCCCUUGCUGAGGUCCGUAGUGUUUUGGCUCAGGAGGAAGAGGAGAGACAAGCUGCUCUUGCUGCCAAAAAAGUCAAAGAAGAGGCAGAAGCUAAGCUUCAAGAGGAACGAAUACAAAGAGAACAAGAGGAGAAACUAGCCAAGGAGAAAGCAGAAAAAGAAGAGAUGGAGAAAGAGAAAGCAGAAAAGGAAAGACUGGCUAAAGAAAAAGCAGAAAAUGAAAGACUGGCCAAAGAAAAAGCAGAUAAAGAAAGGGCAGAAAAGGAAAAACUUGAAAAAGAAAAAAUGGCUAAAGAAAAGGCAGAAAAAGAAAGAUUGGAGAAAGAGAAAGCAGAGAAAGAAAGACUGGAGAAAGAGAAAGCAGAAAAAGAAAGACUGGAGAAAGAGAAAGCAGAAAAAGAAAGACUGGCUAAAGAAAAGGCAGAAAAAGAGAGACUUGAGAAACAAAAGGCAGAAAAAGAGAGACUUGAGAAACAAAAGGCAGAAAAAGAAAGACUGGCUAAAGAAAAAGCAGAAAAAGAAAGACUGGCUAAAGAAAAGGCAGAAAAGGAGAAAUUCUCUAAAGAAAAAGUGGAAAAAGAAAGACUUCAGAAAGAAAAGGCAGAAAAAGAGAAAGUCUCUAAAGAAAAAGCAGAAAAAGAAAGACUGGAAAAAGAGAAAGCAGAAAAAGAAAGACUGGCCAAAGAAAAGGCAGAAAAAGAGAGAUUUGCUAAAGAAAAAGCAGAAAAAGAAAGACUGGAAAAAGAGAAAGCAGAAAAAGAAAGACUGGCCAAAGAAAAGGCAGAAAAAGAGAGAUUUGCUAAAGAAAAAGCAGAAAAAGAAAGACUGGAAAAAGAGAAAGCAGAAAAAGAAAGACUGGCCAAAGAAAAGGCAGAAAAAGAGAGAUUUGCUAAAGAAAAAGCAGAAAAAGAAAGACUGGAAAAAGAGAAAGCAGAAAAAGAAAGACUGGCCAAAGAAAAGGCAGAAAAAGAGAGAAUUACUAAAGAAAAAGCAGAAAAAGAAAGACUGGAAAAAGAGAAAGCAGAAAAAGAAAGACUGGCCAAAGAAAAGGCAGAGAAAGAGAGACUUGCUAAAGAAAAUGUGGAAAAAGAAAGACUGGAGAAAGAGAAAUUGGAAAAAGAAAGACUGGUCAAAGAGAAAGCAGAAAAAGAGAGACUUGCUAAAGAAAAAGCGGAAAAAGAAAGACUGGAGAAAGAAAAGGCAGAAAAAGAGAGACUUGCUAAAGAAAAAGCAGAAAAAGAAAGACUUGAGAAAGAAAAGGCAGAAAAAGAAAGACUUGAGAAAGAAAAGGCAGAAAAAGAGAGACUUGCUAAAGAAAAAGCAGAAAAAGAAAGACUUGAGAAAGAAAAGGCAGAAAAAGAGAGACUUGCUAAAGAAAAAGCAGAAAAAGAAAGACUUGAGAAAGAAAAGGCAGAAAAAGAAAGACUUGAGAAAGAAAAGGCAGAAAAAGAGAGACUUGCUAAAGAAAAAGCAGAAAAAGAAAGACUUGAGAAAGAAAAGGCAGAAAAAGAAAGACUUGAGAAAGAAAAGGCAGAAAAAGAGAGACUCGCUAAAGAAAAAGCAGAAAAAGAAAGACUGGCCAAAGAAAAAGCAGAAAAAGAGAGGCUCAAUAAAGAAAAAGCAGAAAAGCAAAGACUGGAGAAAGAGAAAGAGAAAGCAGAGAAAGAAAGGCUUAACAAAAUAAAAGAGAGUGCACCAAAGGGGCAAAUAGAGAAAGAUGUAAAGGAGAAAAAAGAAAAUGUGAACAAUUACAAACAAGAAAAAGAGGCACAUUUAAAUAAAAAAACGCAUGGCCAAAAAGUUGACCAAUCAGAAAAUGAAAAAGACGAGAAACUGUCUACUCGUGGUUUACUUAAAUCUUCAAAAAAAAAUAUCAAGAAAUAAUAGUAAACUGACAUAACCGUGAGAUUUGAUUGGAAAUAAAAACUCCUAAGGUGUUUACUAGGAACAGCGCUGCAAAGUAAAUAACUAAAAGUAGCGUGACUACUAACUGUUUUUAGUGACAGUGGCAGCUGUUCAAAAUGGUAGCAAGCUACUUUUUAACUAGUCGUGUAGUAAAACAAAACACUACAUUGCUGUUGGCAUGGUACAGCUGAGUGAAGGAGGUAAUAACCCAUCUGUCAACUCACUGUGUUGGGAGGUUUGACUCAGUGAAUCAGUUUGCGUGGAUGUUUCAUGUAAAUAAAUGAUUUCUGAUUUCUUAGAUCCAACAAACCAGCGGUUUUCAACCCUGUUCCUGUGGCCCUCUCCAACCGUUCACAUUUUGCAUUUCUCCUUAAUCAAACCCCCCUGAUUCACGUCAUCACCUCAUUAGUAGAGACCCCAAGAUCUGAAAUGGGACACAUUCAAAAUGUGCAGUGUUGGGGGGACUCCAGGACAGAGUCGAAAACCUCUGCAAUAAGUGACUUAGCUUGCACAGAAGUGAGUUAUAUAAAUUAGCAUGUUUUAAUAAUUUUACCCUGUGAAUAUUUUUUUAUAUUUUAUUAUACUCUUUGUUUUCA